AUGGCUCAAGUGAAUCAGGAUAUGAGGCCUAGGAUUAAUGCCAAUGAGAGUACCAUGGCCUUAAGAUUAAGAGACUUUGUGAGGAUGAAUCCUCUUAUUUUCCUUGGCUCUAAAGUGGGAGAGGAUCCCCAAGAAUUCUUGGAUGAAAGCAAUAGGCCUUUAGAAGCAGGUCCUAUAGAACGGGAGGAAUUUAAGAGAGCUUUCCUUGGUAGGGUGUCUAACCCUAAUUCCCAAAGAAGGAGUGGGAGUGGUUCUUCUUUUGAGAGGUCUAGAUGUGCCAAGUGUGGGAAGCAACAUUUGGGUAAGUGCCUUGCCAGCACGGAUGAGUGCUUUGGGUGUGGAAAGAAGGAUCAUAAGAUGAGGGAUUGCCCAACAGUCAUGGCAAAAAUGAGAGAGACCAACCAAGCUUCUUAUGUUGGCCCGGAUCCUAAUGCUCCAAAGAAGAACCGUUUCUAUGCAUUUCAAGCCAAGGAGGGCAAAGAAGCUAAUCCAGAUGAAGGUACCGGUAAGUUAUAG